AGAUGGAUCUACAAGAAAUCCAUGGAGUGGGUGAAGAAGAAACAGCCUGCUUUAAUGGAGGACAAAGUGGAGACAGAGAUUGGAAAGUGGUAGCCAUUGAUACAGGUCUCAGUGAUCUUCAAGCUCUAUGUAUUGCUUCUGUAAAGCAAUAUUAUUUAUUGCCGGGUAAUUUCUGGACUCAAGAGUUGUGGCAAUGGAGAGAAGGCUGGCUAUCGUAGGGGCGGGAAUAAGCGGCCUUAUUUUCUGCAAGUAUGCCUUAGAGAAGGGGUUUAAUCCGAUCGUCUUUGAAGCUGAAGAAGGGAUAGGAGGUGUUUGGAGUAAUAAUAUCAUACAGUCCACAAAGCUCCAGAAUUCCAGACAUACUUUCGAAUUUACAGAUUUUCAAUGGCCUUCUUCGGUAAAAGAAGAUUAUCCAAGUCACACACAAGUUCUGGAGUAUGUUGAAGCUUAUGCUCAACAUUAUGGUCUCCUUCCAUACAUAAAAUUCAACUCCAAAGUAGUUGACUUGGACUAUGUUGGAGAGUCCUUUGAGGAAAUGGAGUCAUGGGAUUUAUGGGGUGGAACUGGCAAGCCCUUUGAUUCUAAAGGCAAAUGGCAAUUUGUGGUGCAAGAUACAAAGAGCAACUCAACUGAGGUCUUUCAAGUUGAGUUUGUCAUUCUCUGUCUUGGGAAAUUUGGUGGUUUUCCAAACAUCCCAAAGUUUCCUCCAAAUCAAGGUCCGGAGGUGUUCAAUGGUAAGGUGAUGCAUUCCAUGGACUACUCAAAGAUGGGAAAUGUUAAAGGCACUGAAUUCAUCAGAGGAAAGAGAAUUACAAUAGUUGGUUCGCAAAAGACUGCAUUGGACAUAGCAGCAGAAUGUGCAAAUGCAAAUGGAGUUGAAUAUCCAUGCACCGUGAUCUGCAGGACUGCUCAUUGGAUACUCCCAAGUUCCAAUUUGUUGGGAAUUAAUUUUGGUUUUUUGUUUUUCAGUCGGUUAGCAGGACUUACGCUUCAUAAGCCUGGUGAAACAUUCCUGCUCAGCCUUUUGGCCUUCUUGCUUUCACCCUUGAGAUGGGCAGUUACAAAAUUCACUGAGACCUAUAUAAGAUGGAAACUCCCAUUGAAAAAGUAUUGUAUGAUUCCGAAUCAGAGCUUUCUCCGAGACAUUUGUUCAUGUGCAAUUACACUUAUGACUGAAAAUUUUUAUGGAAAAGUUGAAGAAGGAAGCAUCAUUAUAAAAAGAUCUCCAAGUGUUGGCUUCUGCAAAGAAGGUUUGGUAAUUGAAGGGGAAGCUCAUCCGGUUAAAUCAGAUAUUGUAAUUUUAGCCACAGGAUACAGAGGUGACAAAAAGAUAACAGAAAUCUUUAAAUCUCCAAUCCUUCAAAAGCAAAUUCUUGGAUCACCAACCUCAAUAGUUCCUCUCUACAGACAGAUUAUUCAUCCUCGAAUACCACAAUUAGCGGUAAUAGGGUAUGGAGAGGGUUUCUCCAAUCUGUCUUCCUCUGAAAUAAGAUGUCAAUGGCUGGUACAAUUUCUGAGUGGGAAAUUUCAACUGCCAAGCAUAAGAGACAUGGAAAAGGAUGUGAAAAUGUGGGAUAAAAGCCUGAAACUUUAUGCCCCAAGAUACUUUCGGAGAUCAUGUGUUAGCAUUUUGAAUACAUGGUAUAAUGAUCAGUUGUGCAAAGAGAUGGGAUGCAAUCCAAGAAGAAAGAAGGGUAUUUUAGCAAACUUGUUUGUGCCCUAUGGACCAAAAGAUUAUGCAGGUCUAACACAUUAAUGAUGGAAAAAAAAAAAAAAAAAAGAAAAAAAAAAAAAAAAAGAAAGAAAGAAUGCACAGAAUAAUUUGCUGUUGGCAAUAACUGUGCCAGCAUUUAUUAUAGACAAUGAAUCUGGGAUAAAAUUCUUAUUAGGCAAAAGCUGUCAAGAUUUAUUAUUUAACAUGUUUUCCUUUUGGAACAAAUUCCAAAGAGGUAGAACUUACUUAGGUUCUUGUCAAUGUGGUUGUAGCAUUUUUAUGUUGUGUGAGAUAAUAAAAUUUGGUUUUGGGUCUUUGAUCAGUAGUUAUUAGAGAAGAAGCUUGCUUAUUGUUGUGGCCAAGU